GAAAAAGCUACCAAUGAAUAUAACACCAGUGAAGACUGGGGUCUUAUUAUGGAUAUAUGUGACAGAGUUGGAAGCACUCCGAACGGAGCAAAAGAUUGCCUUAAAGCCAUUAUGAAGAGAGUAAAUCAUAAAGUUCCCCACGUGGCUUUGCAAGCCCUUACACUUUUAGGAGCCUGUGUAUCAAACUGUGGAAAAACCUUUCACUUAGAAGUAUGUUCUCGUGAUUUUGCUAAUGAAGCUCGCAGUAUAAUAAAUAAGGCUCAUCCAAAAGUAUGUGAAAAGCUAAAAACUCUAAUGGUGGAGUGGUCAGAAGAAUUUCAGAAAGACCCACAAUGUAGCUUAAUAUCUGCAACUGUUAAAUCUCUGAAAGAAGAAGGUGUAACUUUUCCUGCAGCUGGAUCACAGGCUACCACAAAUGCUACUAAGAAUGGUGCAUCGUCAAGUAAAAGCAAAGAAGAUGAAGAUAUAGCUAAAGCUAUUGAAUUGUCUUUGCAAGAGCAGAAACAGCAACAAACGGAAACCAAAUCCUUGUACCCAUCUGCAGAAAUUCAGCAAAACAAUCAGAACGCGAGGAAGGUGCGAGCUCUGUAUGACUUUGAAGCAGUCGAGGACAAUGAGCUCACCUUUAAAAGUGGAGAAAUUAUUUUUGUUUUGGAUGACAGUGACCCCAAUUGGUGGAAAGGUGAAAAUCACAGAGGAGUGGGACUCUUUCCAUCCAAUUUUGUGACUUCUGACUUAAGUGUGGAACCUGAGACAGCAACUGUGGAUAAAAAUUCCGUAACUGUGGAUACUACAGAAGAAAUUAAGAAAGCAGAACCUGAACCAGUUUAUAUAGAUGAGGAGAAGAUGGAUAAAACACUGCAGGUGCUUCAGAGCAUAGAUCCUACAGAUUUAAAGCUGGAUUCUCCAGACCUCCUAGACUCGGAAGAUAUUUGUCAACAGAUGGGUCCAAUGAUAGAUGAAAAACUAGAGGAGAUAGAUAGAAAACAUUCAGAAUUAUCUGAACUGAAUGUGAAAGUUCUAGAAGCCCUGGAGCUCUAUAACAAACUGAUGAAUGAAACGCCGAUAUAUUCAGCCUACUCAAAACUCCACCAUCCUGCACAAUAUCCACCUACGUCUGCUGGUGUUUCUGUGCAGUCGUAUCCUGUGCAGCCACCUAGUGGAAACUACAUGAUACAAGGUGUGCACCAAGUCACUGUUUCCCAGGGCUACAGCCUAGGACCCGAUCAGAUGGGGCAGCUGAGGUCUCUGCCUCAAAACGUGAAUUCUUCUGGAGCAACCCAGCCUGCCCAAGCUGCAUAUUUAAGCCCAGGCCCGGAUGCUGCUGAGCAGCGCGGCCACGGCCGGGUUGGGGAGCUGGUGCCUCCUGCCAGCCGGAGCGACAGCAUCCUGCUGCUGGGUGGCACCAGCACCGCGGGUUAA